GUUUCACCGGUUGAUAGAUAGAUUGCCUGCAAAUUCUACUUAAUUGAGUAUUCACCCUUCACUUCUCACACUUUUCUUUGUGCUGCAACACUCACCCAACUAACUCCCACACUGCUUGCACUUACCGGUCGUCGCUUUGAAGCAUCCGCAAGACGAUGAGCGAAGACGAAAAGUUAAGCAAAGGCGGAGAUUUCUCCGGCCAACAAUAUCCCAGCGCGCCGCCUCAAUAUGGCACAUUCUAUCCUCCUCCUCCUCCGCCGGCACCACACCCGACGACUGGCUUCCCCGAACCUGUGCCUCCGCCGGGCUUCGUUCAGCCCCCUCCCCCUCCUCCUCAGUAUUAUGCUCAGGACUACCAAGCUGUUCCCGGGUAUCCCAUUGUUGAAGGAAGACCGGCAAGGCCACGGCGUCUCCGUUGUUGUGGUCUUGGCUGUGGCUGGUGCCUGUUUAUAUUAGGAUUCUUCCUGGCUGCAAUCCCAUGGUAUGCUGGGGCAGUGGUUCUGCUUUGUUCCAGAAGAUACGGAAUGGACAACAGAGAGAAACCUGGAUUUCUUGCUUGUUUUGUUGCGGCUGUGAUCGCUACUAUUGUUAUUGUUAUUGCUGUGACGAAGGGAACACAUGUCUGGUAAUUUUCGUCACUAAGGAUGUGCUUUGUUAGUAAAGAUGUGAAGGAAGCUAAGACCUUAUCAUGUGUGCCUCCACAUUUAUAUGUUGUUUUCUUGGAAAACAUGUUGUAAGAGAUUUAACAAAAAUUCAGAUGCUACCUUAGUUUAUUGCCAAAUAAGGACUCAUGUCAUGGACGAUGGAACCACGCACUUGGCUUACGAUGUAGCAGGCCUAAAAUAUACACGAUUAAAUUAAUGCUACUUGUAAAUUCAAUUAUUAGAAACACGUUCUAUGUGCCGGAAUCCUGGCACAUCCACAUCAACAAAAUCCGAGGCAUGUAAUUCCUUGUAUUCCCCUACUGAUAAUAUUUUUUAAACUAUUUGUUUGUUUGGAGAAA